CCCGCGGGAGGAGGCGGCGGGGAAGCGCGGCGGCCGGAGCGGGCUCCGGAGACACCGUGAGGCGGCGCCGGCGGGAGCGUCGGCGGGGCCGAGCGGGCAGCCGGAGCCGCGGCCCCCCGAGCCCGCCCGGGGCCUGCGGGAGCAGCAUGGCCGCCAGCCUGUGGAUGGGGGACCUGGAGCCAUACAUGGAUGAGAACUUCGUUUCAAGAGCCUUUGCCACCAUGGGAGAACUUGUUUUGAGUGUAAAAAUCAUCCGAAAUAGAUUGACAGGAAUUCCAGCAGGCUACUGCUUUGUAGAAUUUGCAGAUCUGGCUACUGCAGAGAAGUGUUUACACAAAAUCAAUGGAAAACCGCUUCCUGGUGCCACACCAUCAAAGCGAUUUAAACUGAACUACGCAACAUAUGGAAAACAGCCUGAUAACAGUCCAGAAUACUCACUCUUUGUGGGAGAUCUGACCCCUGAUGUGGAUGAUGGCAUGUUAUAUGAGUUUUUCGUUAAAGUUUAUCCAUCAUGUAGAGGUGGCAAAGUUGUUUUGGACCAGACUGGAGUUUCCAAAGGUUAUGGGUUUGUGAAAUUCACGGACGAGCUGGAACAGAAAAGAGCUCUGACAGAAUGCCAAGGGGCUGUGGGAUUGGGCUCUAAACCCGUACGCUUGAGUGUGGCCAUACCAAAAGCUAACCGUAUGAAGACGGUGGAGUACAAUCAGAUGUACAACUAUAAUUAUAACCAGUAUUACCAACAAUAUCAGAACUACUAUGCCCAGUGGGGAUACGACCAGAACACAGGCAGUUAUAGCUACAGCUAUCCCCAGUAUGGAUACACACAGAGCACCAUGCAGACAUAUGAAGAAGUUGGUGAGGAUGCAUUGGAAGAUCCAAUGCCUCAGAUGGACGUGACAGAAGCAAACAAACAGUUUAUGGAACAGAGUGAAGAACUCUAUGAUGCCUUGAUGGACUGUCACUGGCAGCCUUUGGACACUGUCUCUUCAGAGAUUCCAGCCAUGUUAUAGCCUCAUUGCAGAGGCAUUGUCUCUACACGACAAGCCAGCGGGCACCAGACUCCUACGCUGUCCCUGGAACCUGCAGUAGUGAAGGGAUGGCCCCUCUUCCACCCAGGUCUCUGACUCAAAGUACAGGGAGACUGUGGCAUUUCCUGUACACAAUGAGUAUUGGAGGAGCAUCGUGGUAGCUUUUAUUCAUGGUGAAAAUUAGAACUGCAACAGUUUUAUUCCUUUGGUCUCGAAAUGAACUCUUAAUACUUCUUGGGGAAUUGUAAUUUAUAAACUUUAAACAAGAUGGCACAGGGGAAAGACUCUUCUCCAAUAUACAAUAAAAAAAAAUUGGUCUUUUAAGUAAAAUUAUCCUUUGCAUUUUGGACCCUGCUCUUCUCUGUGUUUCUACUCAUUUAACUGUCUUAUACUCACAUGAAACUACUUUCAGUAAAUAUGUUCUUUAAAAAAUCACCAUCAAUCACCACUCAAACGUCUCAAUGACUCAACAUGGAAUGGUUUGUUCCGUUGGCCAGCUGCACUGUUACCUGAGAUGUCUAGUGAUGGGAGGGGACAGCUAUCUAGAUGCAGAGCAAUUCUGGGAACUCGUAUGGAAGCCUGAAAAUGUUUUGGAGGAAGUAGUUACAGGCCAAAGACAGGCAGCCACCCGGACUGCGUGGCUACAAGGGGGGCCAGCGGGUUGAACUACAGCUCCCAGAAGGCUUUGGAGGACGGCCCCGCGGAGGAGCCAAUCAGAACGUCGCCGCUGGCAGGGCCGGCCCUUAAAAGCCGCGUCUCGGAAGCGCUUCGCUCUUUCCCGUGGCGGUCCGAAGCUGGGAGUUUGCGGGGCAAAUCGCUCGGGUAAGGCCCGGGGGCGUUUGCAAUCCGUCGCCAUCCUCUCUCCUCCGGGGGCGGCUGGGGGCUCUGCCCCUUGCCAGCUGCCCUGGAGCGGCUCAGCUUUCCGGGGGGCGGGUUGGGCUGUCAUAUUUUCGGGGGGUGGAAAUACAAAGAGUCCCGCGGAAUGGGGCUCCGGGCUGGAUUCCCACCUGCCUGGGGCGGGAAGCGCGGAUCAUCGCAGGGGGCAGCUGGGUAGAGCCGUGCACGGGUACAAAAAGCCGUGCAUCCGCAUCCGAGCCGCAAAAACGGCCUGUGGGUUUGCAGGGCUCUGCUCACCCAGGCCAGGCUGCGGUUCCGAGGCGCCCCUCUGGACUCCUCCACCUGCCCUGGACUGGGGGCCAGCGACCCGGCCGGUAGAGGGUCUGCACCACAAUUUCCUCAACCUGUCCACGGAUAUAAAGCGGAUACCCCAGGGGAUUUGCAGGGCUCUACGGCUGGGGAAACUUCAAGGGCUGUUUAGCAAUAAAUCCAGGGAGGCCGGGAGCUGGGAGAGGCUCUGUUGUGGGGGGGCGGGGGGUGUCAUUGAGGAGAGCACCUCACUAUGUGCCUCAAAGGGUCUCCUGUAUUUGUUGGUUAAUUUGUAACUAAAGAGGUUCUGGGCUUCAAGCAAUGUGGAUAUUUUACAGUUGUGCCCGGAGGUAGGACAGGAAUUAAGUAAGCCCUGCCUGUGGUCUAGCCCCACUAGCCUGCGGAAGAGGCAGCUGAUCAGCCAAACAGCGUGUUUGCGAAGGCAGAUGCCCAGCAGUGGGGGUGGUGGUUUUGUGCCCAGAAAUGCAGCGUUGCAGGAAGCUGUGUCUCUGCAAAUGGGCAGAGGCCUGUGUUUGUCCAGAAGCGCCUUUCUGGUGUCUGGCGGAGUGGAAAAGGGGAUGGUAGUGAGUAAGGUGUUUCACUAGGUGAGUGUGUUUUGUGCACAGCAGUGAUACAGGGCCAAAUUUCUGCACUCGGUGGCUUUACCCUACUGUGAUUCAACUGGCUUUAAUGUGAUGCCAGCAAAAUUGGGCUUAAUCAGCUAAUGCCAAAUUGUUAACUAGCUCUGAUGCUUGGUGGUAAACCCAGGAGGAGUUAAAUGCUGCAUUACUGAUAUGAAGGCCCCAUGCUGGACUUAGUUGUGGAGAGUGGGGGAAGGUGGCAUAGGGAAGUGGAUUAAAAUCCGUGUUUAGGUUAGACAGUCUUAUAUGGAGACAGGUCUGCAUUUUAGCCUUUCAGGAAAGAGCAGUGGGAGGGAGAGAAGAGGAGGGUCCAUUAAAAUGGAGAAAUGAUUACCCUUGCCCCCAUUAAAGCCUCAAUUUAAAUCAUUGAUUUUAAUAAUCUUUUCCAUUUGUACUUCAUUUACAUUUCUAAAGAGAGGCACAGGCUCACGGGGUUGAUCUAAAACUAAAUGGAGCCUUUACACUAGAUUUGAUACAUCUUUUUGCUACCUAGGAGAGUAACUAUACACCUGUAUUGAACCAAUUGUGUAGCUUAAUACUAAAUUAUCAUUAAUUUACAUUUUUGUACGUUAGAAAAUGGUAAUGAUAUAUGGAUUAUUUACUAGAGAUCAAUUUUAUCCUCAUUGAUCCUGCCAUUCCUUUCUUCCAGAUCUCACCUGGUGUCUGUGCAUGGGCUGGGACAGAGCCUUGAGAUGCUGGAACCAUUCAAACAUGAGCCUGGCAUUGUUCACUUGCUUUCCCCACAGAGUGAGGAGCUGGUGCCCCUGUCCUGGAGAUUGCGGCGGAGUCCAGCAGGGCUGGUCUGCAGGCGCCCUUCAAAACCCAGACAGUUGCUGAGGUCUCUCGCUUGCUGGAUGGAAUGAAGUGGGCACACAGCAGCUAUUGUGCAAGGAAUCUCUUGCUAAGUGAAAGAAGCUGAUGCUGCCAAGGCGAGCUAAUGGACUGGCUAGGAAGUCUUGCCACCUAGUGGAACAUGAUGGUGUCUCCCAAGGGGCUGGAACUCCGGAAAGACCCAUGGAUGGGCAAAAUGAAAGUGGAACAGAGCUGAGAAACUUGAGCUGGGACUGGACUGUCCCCUCCAACUUUCAGUCCCUCUUAAACGCAAUGUUUCUGCUUCCUAAAGAGAACAUUGUCCUGCACAGGGAAAAGGAAUUUUCUUACCUCGGUCUGCCUGUCCUUAGGCUGCAAGCUCUACAGGGCAGGGCCCAUCCCUUCUCUUGCGUAUGAAAAUCAUCUCAUACUAUUCACAUCAUGAGAAAUUGUUUACAGGUUCAGCUGCAUCUGUAUAAGUACACAACACAAGGACUGUCCUUUCCAGAGCUUGUGUUCUUAGUAAAAACUCACCUGUGUAGGGAAUCUGGAAAUAAAACAUCAGGAAAUAAUAAAUGCAGCAGUCAAA